AUGUGUGACACGAGGGGAGAAAAAGGUGACAACUGGUAUUACUCGAUCUACAGGGGUGAUCAUGAAUUAAUCCCGAACAACGACAGGGAGAAUCAUACAGAACAACUUCAAUAUACAGGCUUCAGCGGUGAAUACCAGUGCCGUGCUCACAUUAAGGGCUCAACAAAAGCAAGUAACAAAGUCUCUCUAACUGUUUCAGACAAAGAUGUGAUCCUGGAAACUCCUGCGUCCUCUCUGUUUGAAGGAGAAUCAGUGACUCUGGGCUGUCGGCAUCGUGACCCAACAAAGAAUAAGAACGCUGUUUUCUACAAAGACGGAUCUGCUGUUGAAAUGGACACAAACCUUCAGUCACAGAUGAUGAAAAACACAGUUCAAGUGAUAUCAGACAGGAGCUCAAGUUACAUGUGUAAAUUUGGGGAUGAAGAAUCUGAACCGAUAAAACUGAAAACAGAACCACAACCAAAGGCCCAUCUGAUGGAUUUUCCAGCAGAGGGUAAUGUGACUCUGAGCUGCUCUGUGACAUCAUCAUCAUCAUCUGGUUGGAAAUUCUUCUGGUACAAAGGAGAGAAAACCUCUGAACCUCUGACCAAACAAGAUGCUGUUCUCCUCUCAUCUGGACAAAUCACCGUCUCAAGAGGAGGAGUCUACUGGUGCAGAGGAGGAAGAGGAGAGCCACUUUACUACACAGAGUACAGCCACUCAGUCGUCACUAACAGGGCUGUUGUGUCCCUGCAACCCAACUGGCCUGAGAUAUACUCUGGAGAGACGAUCACACUUACAUGUGAAAUUGAGGACGGAGGAGACACUGAGUGGGAGUAUGAAUGGAGAACAAGCAGCUCAACCACACCUCCAAAAACAAGAGAAUACACAUUUAAACCAUCAAGCGGAGAAGACUUCUGGUGUUUGGGUGUAAUAAAAGGUGGAGAGUCUUCAACAAAGCUGAGUGAUGUUUUCACAUUGACACCAUCUUACAAUAAACCUGAACCUGUCCUCACUGUGUCUCCAUCAUGGCUGAGUCCUGGAGACUCAGUGACUCUGAACUGCAGAGUUAAACAUCCAUCAGCAGGAUGGAGGUUCUCCUGGUAUAAGGCUGUUCCCAAACCAUCAGACAACUCCUACAGCUAUGAGCUGCUACCUGACAGCACCACUGGGACUGAACAGGAUUCUUACAUCGUUCAUGGACAAACACACACAGCAGGAUAUGUGUGCAGAGCUGGAAGAGGAGAUCCAGUUUAUCACACUGAUUACAGUCAACCUCAGUUUGUCUGGUCUGGAGAUUUUGGUUCCUCAGCGUCUCUCACAGUGAGUCCUGACAGAGUGCAACACUUCACCUCUGACUCUGUGUCACUGAGCUGUGAGGGAAACUCUACUGAGUGGAGAGUGAAGAGGUUUACUGAUGGUAGUCACCUGAGAGACUGCUCCAUCUCCAGCUGGGGGACAAUGACUGGACCCACCUGUCAAAUGGCUGAACACUGGCCAAGUGGAGUCUACUGGUGUGAAUCUGGAACAGGAGAGUUCAGCAAUGCCGUCAACAUCACCCUCACAUACGAGAAUAUCAUCCUGCUGAGUCCUGUCAGUCCUGUGACUGAAGGACGUUCUGUCACUCUCGGCUGCAAGCUGAAGACACAAAAUGAUAUUUAUAAUGUGGUUUUCUAUAAAAAUGGCAAAAUCAUCCAAAAUGACACCAGAAAGCUGAUUAUCUCUGCAGUGUCAAAGUCUGAUGAGGGCUUUUAUAAAUGUAAAGGAGAUAAUUCACCACAAGGCUGGAGUGUGACGUCACCAGAGAGCUGGAUGUCAGUAAAAUCAGCGUCCAGGCCUGAAAACAACCCUCCAUUUCCUGUGCUGUUGGUUGUUGGGCUGGUUGGUGGAGUUUUACUGAUUAUUCUCCUGCUGCUGUUUCUGUUGCUGUGUUGUUACAGAAAGUCAAAAGACUCCUGCUUUAACAGGUCUCAGAGAUCCAAUCAGAGCCCUGCUACAGACCAGGAUGGAUCUCAACACACAGGAUGUGCCUCUACUCUUCAAGGUGAUGUUUGCCACUAUGAAUCAAUCAAAGACACACAUGAAACUGAAAAUGGUGAUGUUUGCCACUAUGAAUCAAUCAAAGACACACAUGAAACUGAAAAUGAUAAAUCCAGGGAUGCAACCUAUUCUGUGAUUGAACUUAAAAACAUGAGGAAGGAUGAUGAAGCCCACCAGAACGCUCUUUACUCGACUGUGGAGAUGGCAUCAGCUGCAGAUGAUAACCUGACGUAUGCCCAGGUACACACCAAAAUGAACGCAGAGAAAGGCAAGUAAAGUCAACA